AUGGCACAGAACGACCAGAACGAGACAGUGAAGCUGAUAGGUACUUGGUCGAGCCCUUUUGCCCUUAGGGCUCGAGUGGCUCUACACUUGAAAUCUGUCAAGUACGAGUACUUGGACGAGCCUGAUGUUCUUAACGCCAAGAGCGAGCUUCUUAUCAAGUCCAAUCCCAUCCACAAGAAAGUCCCUGUCCUCAUCCAUGGCGACGUUUCCAUCUGUGAGUCCCUCAACAUCGUCCAGUACGUGGACGAAGCUUGGCCCUCCGUUCCUUCCAUCCUUCCUUCUCAUCCGUACGAUCGUGCCAAUGCUCGGUUCUGGGCUCAGUACGUCGACGAUAAGGUAUUUGCAUCGUUGGAUGCGGUGGGCGGAGCAAAAGACGACGAAGGGAGAAUGGCGGCGGCGGGAAAGCUGAUGGAGUGUUUGGCGACACUUGAAGAGGCUUUUCAGAAGAGCAGCAAAGGGUUAGGGUUCUUCGGAGGAGAAAACCUCGGCUUCCUCGACAUUGCUUGUGGGACCAUCCUGGGUCCAGUCUCUGUGAUCGAGGCGUUUUCCGGCGUCAAGUUUCUCCGGCAGGAAACAACACCUGGGUUGAUCCAAUGGGCCGAGAAGUUUAAGGCCCAUGAAGCUGUGAAGCCUUAUAUGCCUACCGCUGAAGAGUUCCUUGCAUUCGCAAAGAAGAAGUUUGGUGUUGAGUGA